GAUCUCCCUCUCCUGCAGUGGAGUGCUGGUGGCUCUUCUGGAUUCUCUGUUUGCUGUCUUCCACUGGGAGAAAGGUUAUUUGCAGCAGAAGCCUGGUGCAUCUGGUGGGCAUUCCUCGGAAAUUCAGACACCAUGUGAGCAGUGGUCCGUGACGACAUUAGAGGGGCAGAAUGCUUCUUCUGCGUGGGACUCUUGUGGUCUUCUCUCUCUUCAGCUCUGUCAGUGGGUUUUUCAGCGAGUAUGGGCCAAAACCGACGACCCAGACCAAGGCAGGCUCCAAAGGAUGGGGCAUGCCCAACUUUGAAACAUUGAAAUCUAACUUUCCAUUUUUUGGUUUGGGAUCACGGCUUUUAUUCGGUGACACUAAAGGGUCUGCUACGACAAAGGUGAGCACAACUUUCCCAGAAGCAACCACACAAGACUAUACUCUGUCUUCGAAGGACUUGAGCCCAAAAUACCAGCCGACCACAACCUCGUUUGAGGAACUUCAAAGCAGCACUGUCCAGAUAGGCACCCUGCUGCCUUUAAAAUCAGCUAAACUGCCAAUAAUUAACUUACUCAGGAACAAACCACAAAUAGAUAGACCAGAACCUCCUAAACUUGAUCAAAGCUAUGAUCUGGAUCUCUGGCCCCCCAAUAAUGGCCAAAUCGCAGCGAAAACCCCACAAACGACGAUAUCUAAACCAGAAACACAAACAUACACUGUAUCCAUGGCUCAGGGUACCAGCACCACGCACACUACAACAUUGAGACUGAUGACGGAAACCAUGACCCCUUACAGUGACCAAACUGUGCCCACAGACACUCCGUCAACAACGUCAGAACUAACGACACAAGCAUACACUGUAUCCACUGCUCAGAAUACCAGCAUCAUGCAAACUAUAGCACUGAGACUGAUGACGGAAACCAUGAACCCUUACAGUGACCAAACCGUACCCAUAGACACUCAGGCAACAACGUCACAACUAACGAUACCUUCAUUUCAAACCACACAUUUUAUCACACCAGCAGAACCAGAAGUAUCUACCGAACCUUUGACCACUGUCAGCACUGGACAAAACACAUUGAGGACAACAAACAUGGCCUCGAAACCAGAAUGGACACCUUUUAAAACCACUGACAAGGCUCUGGAUGGAUUUACGUGGGUAGAGCAGACCACAGGCCCAUCAGAAGGGGGAAGAGUGCAAAGUGUUGGCCCAGAUCCUACUCCCUCCCUGCCAGCAGGAGCAGGCUUUCCAUGGGAGGAAGGCGAUAAGGAAAUGGGGAAGAGUGCUGAUCUGACAACACAAGAGCAACACGAUGAACUGACAACAUCAGCUAGCGUGACGACUCUCAGGAACACAGAAAUGGCCACCACCACAUCUGAAGACUGGCUGACGGAUCUUACCCAAGAAUCUGCACUCCCUGACUGCAAUGCAGAACGUUCUGGAAUCUGCAGUUCUAGUGACACUUGGCCCACCACCACUGUCCUGAGCAACAGCAGCAAAAAUUACAGCACAACCACCCUCUCCACCAACCUCUCUCAAAGUCCCAACCCAUUUACAGCCCCACCUAUGUUUGUGGCACUAUAUUCUGAUUGGAACAGUGCCCUGGCAACAUGGGGUUCAGCGUGGGAAGGACACAUCUACGGCCUGGGCACUGUGUUCUGUCUAGUCGCUUUGGCCUCCACCCUGAACCUCCUGUGCCUGCCCCUACAGUACCCAUCAGGCUGUGGCUACUUCGCUCUGGUUAGUCUCUGCCUGGUGGCCGCUGGCUGCACUAGGGCCUUCGCCCUAGUGUACGAUGCAUAUGGAUACCAGGACCGCAUGGCAUCCACAGAGGCUUCACUGUUACUUUACGAGGCACCAUUUCCCUGCAUGACUGCGGCCUUUGGCCUAGUAUUCUUGCUCCUGUCAAUGCGCUCUCGUAUGCAGCUGUCCUAUUCCGCCUUUCAGAGACCUUGUUUCCUGGCUUGCUUGGUGCUUCUGCACUUUGCUGCUGCCUUUGGCCCUGUUGCAUUACUCCAUGUUGACCAGCAAGUCUACCUGUUUCUGUCCUUGAUCUCUAGAGGUGCCUUUGUGGCUCUGGCGACUUUCCUAUCAGCUGCAUAUUUCGUGUUCUACUGCUACGUUUGUGCUGACUCCAAGCAUAUUUAUCAUCUGAACAACACAUCACCAACACCAGCCGAACGCUACAACCGUUGCCCGUUUGCAGAGAGCAGAGAUUGGGACCGGGCAGCAGCCGCAGUGUUACUCUGUGCUGUCUUUUCUCUGGCUUGUUCAGGGCUGCAACUCUACGCCAUGCUGCACGCUCUCGGAAUUGCUGGAAGCGCUGAGUCCUUUCGGCCUUGGCCGUGGUGGACUUUCCAGUUCAGCUGCCGAGUUUGUGAAGCAGUGAUCUGCCUCACACUGGUCCUGGUAGUUGCUCAGCCAGUUUAUUGUUCUGAUCACCUUCCCCAGCCAGGAAGUUGCUGGACAGAACUCCUUGCAGCAAAGUCACCUAUCAUUCCUGGGAGCUACCAGUGGACUCUGUCUCACCAGGAGAAGCUGGCCAUUUGUGAUCCAAUUGGGCACGGAGAGACAGAGUGCCUACCCUUGUACACAUUGGUGGAUGACCAUCUCAGCAGCUUGAAUGGCCUUGACCUUUUAUACCACAGCAACCGGGCUUUGGCCUAUCGUGACCUUGACCUGGACUUGCCCAACACUCAACCCAACACUGGUGCCCCUUCUGUGGGUUCAUCCUGUACCAGUGACUCCACAGCGGACCUGCGCCCUCCUUCGCCCAUAAAUCUGCGUCGAAGCAUUGAUGAAGCACUGUUUAGUGAAUCUCUAUUUCCCAUGAGUCUCUUCAGCCCCUUACGACCCUUCACCUCUAGUGACCGCUCCCUGAAUGGUAGAGAGACCAACUCCAGCGGUGUCCAAACCUUGAGAGACACCCUUACUCCUGAUCCAGGCCUAUACCGAACAUCUUCAUGUGUGGAAGUGCUACCCCAAGUUCCCCUUGCUUCUCAAGCCCAACCAGAUGGUCCGUCAUUAGGUUUUCCUCCAUCCCCAUCUCCCUCACUGUCAUCUUCAACUUGCUGCUCAUCUCCCGAGCGCUGGAGAGGCAGCUCCAGCUCCUGUUCCCUCUACAGACAGUCUCUGGGUGGCUCUUCUUUGGUUUUGUGCUCUAGUCUGGAAGGACACCAUCCACCACCCUCUACCCUCAGUGGGGGUUCCAGCCACACUGCCAGCUCUGGCCACCAAAGGGGAAGCUUACAGAGACCCUACAGAACAUUAAAGUCAGAGGAGAGUAUGGACCAGCAGUCAGAGUUUGACCAAUCUGUCCAAGAAGAAUUUAUCAGUGUGUGCAGACAGAUUGAUGCUCUGAGCAUCUGCAGUGAGACUAUUGACCUCUAGGGGGAGACCUCUACUUUCAGACAAAACAAAAUGAUGUAAUAUGAAGGAACCAAAAGAGUUUUAGAUAUAUGAUGAGCAGGUAAUGGACAGAUCAGGUGAUUCGGUGAGUCUGUUUGCCAGGGUGUCAAAACACAUUUGCUCUGUGUAGACAUACAGGUAAAUGUUUUGUGGUCUAGAACUGUGCCAAAUGUUUCAUUUUGUAAGGGUUGGUUUGCUUCUGUCAGGUAAGUUCUCCAAAGAGAUGGAUUCUGAAGUCAAUAUCAUUGUAUAGGUUUAAGAAGUGCCACCAAUUGCCAGAAGCUUAGGCAGAUUUUGUACAAAAGUUCUUUGGUGAUUGAUAAAUUUGUAAUUGUAAAACAUUAGUUUCAAACUUUCUCUAUAAUGCUAACAGUGACGUUUGUAUGAAUUUGUACAAAAUCACUUUUUGGUCUAUCUGAUUAAUACUGUGAGAGUGCGAACUACUGAUAACCAUACGGUUAAACAAAUACUAGGCAACAUAGCAUCAGAAAAUAGUUUCAAAUUAAAUACAGUAUAACCUGCCAAUCCAAUUUUGUAAACCUUUAGAAAAGUUCAUUGUGCUUCUGGUCUUUAAUUGCACAGUUAACUUCAAGUACCUGUUGUUUUUUGCAACAAUGCAUUAUGUUGUUGAAAGGCCUAACAGUUUUAUCAACUCGGAGGGAGAAAACUACUCUUAAGACAAAAAGAAGGAUGCAGGUAUUCUUGCAGCACACUCUGCUGAUAGCUAAAGUUCAGUCGUUCUGUGGCACUUAACGAACUGAACUAUAGCCUGCCAUUUUUUUCCUUUUCAUAGUGUAUAUUUGAUAUAUAACUACAAUUAAUCAUUUACUUAUCUGCCAGGUCUUAUGUCAUGUUUUCAAAAACUAUACACUGUUACUCAAUACAUAUUAAAAUGAAGAAAAAUUACUUUGUACAUUUUAUAGCGUGCAUGUUCUGAAAACGUGUGAGAAACUGCUGAUACAUCUAAUGUUUGUCAUUAGAGGCUGUUGGAGAUUUACAAUAAAUAUAUUGAAAACUGACAUUUGUCUCAUGCACAAAUAUUUCACACACAAAACAAGCUAAACUAAGUAA